UUCAAUUAUUUACAGGAUUUUUUGUUUCAUAAUGUUCGUUGUGUGAGACUGUUUUACUGCCCUAUACUGUUGACAAGCUGCUAGUCAUUUCAUUGCUGAUAUUCAACUGUGGAAUUUAAACUUGAAAUAAAGUGAAAUUACGUAAUAAAUUCAUGAAUAUGGUGUUUGGUAUUGUAGAAAUUAUUAUUGCUAUCGUUGCAAUUGCUUUUCUUUACGCAUUGAAAGUAUGGAAGAACUUCGCUAAAAAUCCAUUUUAUGAUGACUUCGUUCGUUCCCCCGAUCCAGUGGUUGUUGAUCAAUCAAAAAGGGACAAGGUCCUGAAAGUUGGAUUCAAAGUUGAAAAAAUUCCCGCAGAUCCAGAUGCAAUCAUUAUUGGUAGCGGAAUGGGAGGUCUUAUGUGUGCAGCUUGUUUAUCAAGGGCAGGAAAAAAGGUUUUGGUACUUGAACAACAUGACAGAGCUGGUGGAAGCACUCAUACCUUUGAAGAAAAAGGAUUUGAAUUUGAUGUUGGUCUUCAUUAUGUCGGAGAAAUGUAUGAUGGAUCGAUGAAUCAUACUUUAUUUGAUGUAAUGACAGAUGGGCAGCUUGUAUGGGAGAUGACCGACAAAGAAUUUGAUACAAUCAUGUUGAAAAUGAAAGAUGGGACGUCAAAAGCAUUCAAGAUGAAAGCCGGAGAAGGUGAAUAUGAACAAAAUUUGAUAAACCAAUUUCCAAAAGAAGAAAAAGCAAUUACUGAGUUUGUGAAGUUGAUUAAUCAAAGUUCUGAUUCUGUUGUUGGAUAUGCUCUAAUGAAAAUGCUUCCCAUAUGGUUAUUGAACUUUCUCAUGAAAACAGGGCUGUAUAAUUUACUUUAUAGUAGAUAUGACAAAAUGACUAAAACCAGUGCCAAGCAAAUAUUGGAUGAGUUGACUGACAAUGAAGAAUUGAAAGGAGUACUUGGAUAUGCAUUUGGUGAUUAUGGUACAUUUCCUUCUGAUGCUCCAUUUUUAAUGCAUGGAAUAUUGAUGAAACAUUUUUAUAACGGUGCUUACUAUCCAAGAGGUGGUUCCAGUGAAUUAGCUUUCAAUAUGAUACCUGGAAUUGUACGGAGUGGUGGAGCAGUUUUGGUUCGUGCACCUGUCAGUAAAAUUAUAUUCGAAAAUGGACGCGCAACUGGUGUUUGUGUGUCAAAGAAUGGAAUUGAUCAUGAAAUUAAGGCUCCCAUUGUGGUUUCAACUGCUGGUGUUUUCAACACAUAUCAAAACCUGAUACCAAAAGAUAUACUUGUUAAAUAUGGUGUGGAAAACAUAUGUGAUAAAUUUGAUAGAGGGUUGGCUUGCUUUCAAACACUCGUUGGCUUGAAAGGAACGACAGAAGAAUUGGGAUUGAAACGUUGUAACUACUGGAUGUAUGGCGAUGUGAAUGGGGAAAAGGCAAUGAGAGAAUACUUGUCUAUGCCACGUGAAGAUGCAGCAAAUGCUGAUUUACCAAUCGCUUUUGUUUCAUUUCCUUCUGCUAAAGAUUCAACGUGGAAAAUGAGGCAUCCAGGGAAAUCUGUUUGUGUUAUUGUUACACUUUUGAACUGGGAGUGGUUUGAAGAAUGGGAAAAUGAGAGAGUCAUGAAACGAGGUAACGUUUAUAAUGAUUUGAAAAAAUCAUUCCAAGAUCAAGUUUGGAAAAAAGUUUUGGAGAUCUAUCCACAACUAGAAGAUAAGGUAGAAUACAUUGAUAGUGGAACUCCACUCAGUCAUAAAUAUUAUCUUGGAUCUCCUAAAGGUGAUAUUUAUGGAAUAGAUCACACAAUGAGAAGAUUUCAGAAAGAAUUAGGAAUAGGUUUACGUCCUGAGACAGAGAUACCUGGGUUGUAUUUGUCAGGUCAAGAUACAUUUACUUGUGGAAUAAUGGGAGCUGCUACAUCUGGUAUUGUAACCUCUGGAGCAAUACUCGGAAGAAAUCAUUUUCUGGAUUUAUAUGGGUUAAUGGCUCGGAGAAAAAUAAUCCAGUUUUUGAAGAAAAUGAAGUAGUUUUGUCUCUGUCUUUAUAGUUGUUGUAAAUUAAUACGUACUGUGUAAUUCUGUUUCUAUAAUGUGAAAGAGAUUUAGUCGUAAGAGUGCUAGACAUUAUUUUAUGCAGGGUAGCUAACAUUUCAAUGUCAAUCGUGGGAAAAUCAAAUUUCAACAUUGCUUAUUUUCAUUUUGAAUGUUGUGAUUUGAUAUGUAAUAUGAAUAAAGAAUAUUGCUACUGAUUAAAUGCAUUACAUAGUUCAUUUUUUUUAAAUUUUACCCAGGUAAUCUCUUACGGUACAGUGCAUUGUAUGUAUUUUUGUUCGAUUAUUCUUUUAUUGAAUGUGCACAGCAUUUGACAGUUUACACUAGCCAAAUUUAAAUAAGUGUUCCUCAAUUGAAUUGUUAUUUUUUACCUCGGUACAUGCACCCUCAUGUUUAUGACGUGCAUAUUUCCCAAGGUGCUCAUUAAACUGAAUCAUACUCCUUAUUUCAUCCCAAUUUACUAUAGAUUAGGUAAGCAUUUGUUUCGCUUCAAAAAGUUGUUCAUAAACUGCAAUUUAUGAAUUGCUAUAUUUUUUGAACAAGGUCUUCAUAUAUAUAGAGAGAAUUUUAAUAUUGUACAAACUGUUGGAUGAUUUAAAUAUUGAAUAAUUCCAAUUGAUCCGUUAAGCAUUAAAGUCUUGUUCUGUGAUUUAAAAUAUAGUGAGGUUUCAAUGUCCAAAUACCGUGUUUUCCCGAAAAUAAGACCUAGCCUGAAUUUUAAAAAUGAUUUUUUAUAAGCCCUUUUCUUAAAAUAAAACCUACCGUAGUCCAUAGUGCGAAAUUUUUUUUAAUAAAAAAAGUUUUUUUAUAAUUGAAUGGAUAUCUUUUUCAUCAUUUGUAUAUUUGAAAAUUUCAUAAUUCUCUACUUUGCAAUUUUGUUUUCAAUAAAUGAAAAUAAAAGACAGCUCUCAAAAUAAGCCCUACUGCUAUUUUUCGAAAUUUUUUUCAAAUAAGACCCAGUCUCAUUUCUGAGGAAACACGGUAUUAAAUAUUGCCUGAAAUAGCUGAAAAUCCUUCAAUAAAACCUCUCAUGCAAUAUCAAUUUUAAAUUUUGCCUAAACCAAUUUAUUUGGACAUUCUUGUGAAUCAUAUCUGUGCUAAUAUAUUAAUGGUAUUAGCUAUUAUUUAUUUCUCAUAUUUAAUUUAUUUCUUUAGAUAUGUACUAAAUUUAUCAUAUGGAACAGUUACUACUAAAAGUGUUAUAUUAUCAUCAUAUUGCCAUAAACUGCAUGAUUUUGUUUUUUCCCUACUUAGUGAUAGAUACAUAACAUAUUGCAAGUUAAUAAUAUGCAAUUACUCUUAUUUCAAACAUUUUUUGCAACAUAUAAAUGGUACUUAGACUAGUCAUAUUAGCAUAGUGUUUAACCUCGUUCUUCAACGCCAAAUUUUAUGUAAUUUUAUAGAAAUUGGUACUGUUUUUGUAUAAUAUUCUUUAUUGGUAUUUUUGUUUUGAUUUUUCUCUUGAUUUAUGUGUUAUUGGUUGUAUUCAUAUCUUGAUUAUCGUGUUAACAAUUCUGAAUCUAUAAGUACAUUUAAUAAAAUCGUAGUGAAUAUAGCAUGUCAAAAUUUUGUUGUA